CCACCUGGGUGCAGUCCCCGCGUGACGCUCCAGCCCCACCUGGGUCCAGUCCCUGCAUGACGUUCCAGCCCCACCUGGGUGCAGUCCCCGCCUGCAGUCCAGCCCCACCUGGGUCCAGUCCCCGCGUCACGUUCCAGCAUCUGCCUUUUUCUUUUCUGUGACCCGCGCCUAAGAACCAGGUGGCUCCAACGACAAGACUCUAGAGAUGGACGGGAGGCCCAGGAGGUGACACAGAAGAGGGGAAAGGCUACAAGAAACAAUGCACAGAAAGCCCUCCUGAAGACGGAAAGGUGUCCCAGCAGACUGGCGGUCUGAGGCAGAUUUGCCCAGAGCCGGCCCCGUGUUCGCCUGGUCAGGUGCAGAAGCGGGCACUGAGCUGGCGACGUGCAGGGAGGGAGGGUGGAUGUAGCCAGGUAUGCAACUCACUUCAACAUCCACAGACACUGAGAUGGAUGGGUUCUCAGGUUGACACCUGAAACUCAAGGGUAAGCCCAUUGACCAUAGUGUCUAGGCCAUGGGUACAUGGGUGUUCGCUGUGAAAUUCUUGCCGGUGUUCCUGUAUGUUUGAUCUUUUCCAUAAUGGAGAAAGAAAAAAGAUAGUUUGUAACCAGUUGGGACCAUUGUCUAUUUCCACUCGUUUCCAUAAGUCAAUUGUGAACUAAAACAAAAUCCCAAGCCCCGUUGCCAACUGAACAGACCCCUCGCCACGGUGACCCCAGGAAAACCUUAAAAUCGAGGUCCUGGCCGAGAAGGAAAGGGGAUGGGACAGGCCUCCUUACGCCCCUCCCUCUGGGAGUUUACACUCAACCACUGACCCGCAUGAAUGUUAAAACAGAGAUCAUUGACAAAACAGACUCUCGGUGACAAUAAGAUACUAAAUGAUUAACAGGACCUGACGCCAUGCAGGCCACCGGCAGGCCAUCAGUGUGGCUAACAGAUCACUUGAGUCAGCAUCUUGUGGCUGGUCUCCAAUGCCGUGGUCCCCAACCCCUGAACAGGCCGCAUCGCCGCCCGAGCGCCUCCGCUGCGUGGAAACACCGGCCGCAGGGCAGGCGGGGCAGGCGGGCAGCGAGGAGCCAGCAAACGGGGCUCCCUGUCUGCAGCCGCUCCCCACCCCCGCAUCACCGCCUGGGCCCCGGCUGCCCCGGACUCCUGGUAAAGCUGUCCUCCGCGAGACCCGCCCCUGGGGGCACAGGGCCGGGCCCGCCGCUCGAACGGACUCCCUGACUCCAGACUUUCCACGCCUCCGGGUAGCUCCGUGUCUCCGACCAACUGCAAAUCUUUAAACCCGCCUAUAACCUGUGAGCCCCACUCUGGCCGCCUUCGGGGGCCACGGUAUUGACUUAGGACGUUGUUCGCAAUUCCCGUCUCUGAAAUGUACGAAGCCGAAGGGACCGCCGGGACCGCGCGGGCCUGGCCGUGGCCCCCUGGCCGGCCGCGUGCGGGGCUCAGUGACCUCACAGCGUCGGGCUUCCGUGACUCUGCAUUUCUCCCAGGACGUUCACUUAAAAACUGCUAUUUGUGCCUCCUGUCUAGGGUCUAACUGGUGGCCUCUCCAUUUCCACCUGGACACCCACUUCCCUUCCCACCUCUGCAUCCCUUCCCCCGCAUCCCGGUGGCCGGCGGGGUAGGACGGCUGGUGCCAAUUUCGGCGCCAGCGCGCAUGCGCCCCAGUCUCUGCCCAAGCGAGGCCCCCGCCGCCAUCUUUCUUCCUGGCGGCGGCCUCCCUGCCCCAGUGCGCAGGCGCAGAGCGACGGUGCGCAGCCGGCGGGGAACCUUCUUGCCAGGCCCGGCUGCGGCAUGGCGACCCUGCUCUUGCGGGCGGCGGCGGCCGUGCUCCCCCUGCUCCGGCCCGCGCCCCGCGCCGCGUUCCCGCCGGCCUUUUCCUCGCUCCUGGCCGGGCCCCCGCGGCCCCCGCUCUGGGCCGGGCCCGUGCCCUUCCUGCAGCCCGCGCUGGGCUUCAAGACCAAGGCCGUGCUCCGGAAGCGCUGCAAGGACUGCUACCUGGUGAAGAGGCGGGGCCGGUGGUUCAUCUACUGCAAGACCCACCCCCGGCACAAGCAGAGGCAGAUGUAGCCCCCGCAGAGCGAGCGACGCGCAGACUGUCACCGACUGUCACCGCGUCCUUGCCUUGGAAAGUGGCUUCACGGAUCCAGAGAAUUGCCACGCCAGAGUCAGCAGGAUGCGACUCGCGUAGCAAGUGCCCUCCGUGUCACUGCUCUUUCCAGCUCUGAUGUGUCUCCGUAAUUAGUUUACCGUUGAAGACGUUUUGCAAUAAAAGUAAAUACACCUUCUGAA